AUGUACAAGGCCGUCAUUCUGCCGACGCUGCAGGCACGCCGACUGAACCACUUCCACCUCAGUUUUCUUCGUCGCAUCCUGAGGCUGAACUGGCAGGAUCGAAUUCCCGACACUUAUGCGCUCGAACGGACGGGAAUUCUCAGCAUCUACACCAUGCUGAGACAAAUGAAGCUACGUUGGAGCGGCCUCCUGAUGCGCAUGGACGACGAGCGACUACCCAAACGACUCUUCUACGGAGACGUCGCGACGGGUUCUCGCCAUCAAGGAGGCCAAAUUCGCCGUUACAAGGAUACUCUGAAGUCCUCCCUGAAGCGUCUGCAAAUCAACCCGACCAAGUGGGAAGAGCUCGCACUCGACCGACCGACCUGGAGGAGAACAGUGAAGACAGGCUCUGCGAUCUACGAAGCCAGCCGCAUCGCUGCCGCCAAAGCGAAACGCGAAGCCCGAAAAUCACAAUUUCGCCUAGUACGCAACGCCGCCGCACAACCGCUUCCAACGUGUCCUCGGUGUUAACGAACAUUCCGGGCUCGAAUCGGACUUUUUGGACAUCUACGGACCAACUGCGCCUCUGGAACUGCACCAACCAUCGUCCCCCCGCCCCCCCCCUCCCUCGUCCUCUCCGCCGUCUACUACCUCUGACUACUCUACUGCUCCGCCACCGCUAACCUCCUCCUCCUCCUUCACCACCACUACCACCACCACCACCACCACCACCACCACCGCCACCACCACCACCACCACCACCACCACUGCCCUUGCGACGGCCGCUCAGGCGACUGUCACUCACGCAACAACCGACACCACACCCAAUACCUUCGACUCCAGCGAUGAGGAUCAGGACUACACCUGCCCUCACUGCGACCGCACCUUCACCUCACGCAUCGGCCUGGUCGGUCACUUACGAAUCCAUCGCACAGGAACUGGCGAACCACUGCCUGGAGCCCCAACCUACACCCACCGUACCCGCCUCCACUGCCCACACUGCUCACGCACAUUCACGCAUCGCAUGGGUCUAUUCGGCCACAUGCGCAUCCACGAGAGCGGAAUUGACCACAAUUCCUACCCACCAACCACAUCCAACACACCCACCAUGCCCAGCACCACCCUCGCUCCAUCGCCCUGCGCGCCCACCACCACCUCCGCCGCCUCCUUUGCAGCUGACACCGACACUGUCGACCUCUCAUGCCCACACUGUCCACGCACGUUCACAUCAGGCAUCGGCCUGGUCGGUCACUUGCGCAUCCAUCGCACAGAGCCUGGAGAACCAGUGCCUGGGGCACCAACCUAUACCCACCAAGCUCGACUCAACUGCCCACACUGUCCUCGCACUUUCAGGCAUCGUAUAGGCCUAUUCCGUCACAUACGCAUCCACGACGACCUGCGGUAG